AUGAAUAACAUGCAGGUGGCUGUGCGCAAGUUGAAACGCAAAUUUUUCCGCUCACAAUCUUCUCUGACCAUCACUCAUCAAGAUUCCAUCUGCGAUCGAGAAUUUGAAGACAUUGACGAGAACCUGGUUUAUGUAAAGUUUUUUAAGUUUUACCGCACCUACGACAUUGUUCCGAUCAGUGCCAAAUUGGUCGUUUUCGACACUUUGCUUGCUGUCAAAAAAGCAUUUUUUGCUCUUCUUAGCAAUGGAGUUCGAGCCGCGCCACUUUGGGACAGCGCCCGGCACGCUUUUGUGGGCAUGCUCACCAUCACUGACUUUAUUCUCAUUCUCCGCACAUACUACAAUUCACCUGAUUUGCGCAUUGAAGAACUUGAAGAUCACAAGCUGGAUAUUUGGAGGAAUAUGCUCAAGGAGAAAAGUCGUCCCUUGGUGUCUAUUGGACCUGACGAAAGCCUUUUUAAUGCCAUCAAGACGUUGAUUCACAACAAGGUGCACCGUCUUCCGGUGAUUGACUCUGAAUCAGGCAAUGUUCUCUAUAUUCUUACACACAAGCGAAUCCUCAAGUUUCUCUUUCUCUACUACUAUAGUCGCCUUCCAAUGCCAUCGUAUCUAUAUAAAACACUGCGAGACUUGCCAACAAUUGGUACUUAUGAAAACAUUGCUGUAGCUACGCAAAAUAUGCCGCUCAUUCAGACGCUCAAUCUGAUGGUUGACAGACGAGUUUCGGCGCUUCCCAUUGUUGAUAAGAGAAACAAGGUUGUGGAGAUUUACGCCAAGUUUGACGUGAUUCACUUGGCGGCUGACAAAGCUUAUCAAAACUUGGACAUACCCGUCAAGAAGGCCCUCGAGUAUCGUUCCCACUCUGAGCGAAUCAUCAAAUGUACCAUGAACGAUACUUUGCACGCUGUUCUGGAGAAGAUUGUGCAAGCGGAGGUUCACCGAAUUAUCGUCGUCAACAAUGAUGAUCAUGUGAUUGGCAUUAUAUCGCUUUCUGAUCUAUUGACCUUUCUGGUGCUUCGGCCUGUGGGCAUGGAACAAAAGGACAUUAUGGCAACGUCAGUCACGGCCGUCAGUCAGAACAUCAACUGCUGCAAAGUGGUCUUGGAAGAGACUGCAGAAGAGGUCGCUCUGAGUGACAGUCAAAGUAGCUCCGGUGGCAGCUCGGCUGCCGAUCUCACCGCCCAAGACCGAGCCCAACUUGGCCCUGACGGACUGGCAGGCUUUUUGGAAGAGACAAAUCAACUGACCACUUCCUCUACCGGUUCAUCCUCUGCUACCUCAUCCUCAUCGAUGCUCGACGGCGAUCGUUCAACAAAUCCUUCUCCGGCUGCAUCGACAGCCAAAAAUCUGUCAAACCUGAUUGCAACAACGAGCGCCAAACAAACAUUGAUUGCACCACUGCAGUGA